AUACUAAUACUAAUACACACAUAGGGCUAUUUGCCCUAUGUGUAAAUAACAAUGUUAACUGUUUACACCCAGGGUGCAAAUAGCAUCUGCCAAUAUGAGUAGUGCCAUGUCAUGAAAGUGUAACUAUGUUAUAUUGAAGACUCAUACAGAUUAUGUGAGGACUUUUGAACGAAUGUCUGUGUCGGGAGCGCGCUCCUGUGAACGCGCCACUCCCGCGUCUUGUGCGUUUCCAUGGAGACAACAGAAGGCAACAAACCCCAGGCCGCGCAAGGAGCGGACUCAGAGUCAUUUAGACCAUAAGGCGACUCAAAGUGGAAAACUUAAAGGACAUUUAAGUUGGGACAUCUGUUUGUGUUACUUUCUUUGUUAGUUGGUGUGCACUUUGACCAGUGUGGAAUUCUCACUUGUAAGAUGGAGCAUACCCCGCAUUCACUGUUAACUUCUUCUCCCAAUGAUCCCACCACACUCACGGUCACGGAGCCUUUUUCCUCCUCACCCCAGCACACCUUCACCAGCAGCCGAUUGUCACUACCACUGUCCCCCACCUCUUUUCCUCCCUCUCCAAACACACUUUCUCCAGCAACAGCAGAGUCUACUCACUCUUCCUUGCCUCUUUCUUAUUGCACAACUCAAACUAUUGAAGAACAAUCUAUACAAAGUGUGAGCCCUGCACACAUUUCUGACCAAGAUGACCUGACUUGUCUUAGUUGGCUGCAUCAGCGGUGCAAUUUGCUACCUCUUCAGCCUCUUCACAAAGUUACACCACUGCCCCAAAUUGAGUCAUCUGAGUCCAGUUGCUCCAUAUCUCAAGUCUCAUCCAAGCCACCGUAUUCUUUUAGCAGUCUAAUAUUCAUGGCCAUUGAAGACUCACCUGGCAAAAAGCUACCUGUAAAGGAUAUCUAUGAAUGGAUUGUGAAUAAUUUCCCUUACUAUAGAACUGCCACCGGGGGAUGGAGAAACUCUGUCCGUCACAAUCUGUCUCUAAGUAAAAGCUUUCGCCGCAUCCAGAGGGACAAGAGUCAAUCUGUAGGAAAAGGCUCUCUAUGGUGUGUUUGCCCUGAGUAUCGACCAGCCCUUCUUGAGGUUUUAAGAAAGACUCAUAGUUAUCACAGCACGAACAGUAACUUGAUCAAUAAGCCUGAGUUGUUUGAAGAGGGUGAUUAUGGUUGUCUUUCUAUAUGUGACACUGUGGAAAUAGCAGAUUCUCUUUCAGAUAGCAUUCUCCUAUCCAACCCCCAAACCUUGUGUACAGAAAACUCCAACUUUUCUGAAAACCAGACUUGCCAUUUAAGCCCAGAUCAUGAGGAACUGGUCACCAUGGAGUCCAUAGAUUAUCAACAGGAGGAGGUGUGUGAAGAGCUGGAGAAAGACCCAUUGUCAGACAGUGGCUACAUUGAGUUACACUACUAUCACACUCAGGAGUACCUGGUGCUACCCGGUGACCAUCAGCUGGACCUGGAGACUGUAGAGAUUUUGCAGCUCGAUGCUGAGGCCCAAGAAGCCGCUGGAUCAUUGUUGGAUCUGGCUGGUGGUGGAUAUUAGAAUCU